AUGAAAGUAUUUGCAAAAGGCUUGAAUUUUAUGGGCUAAUUGGGACAAGGCAAUUUCAAAAGUCUAGAGCAGUUUGCACUCGUUCCUGAUUUGUAAAACGUGGGAGUUAAAUAACUGGAAGCCAACAUGACAUAAUCAUUUGCAUUAUUGUAAGAUGGACAAUUAUUACAUUGGGGUUGGCAAUUAGACACAAUGACUGAAAAUAGAACACUCUCAUUUUAUAAGAGAAAUCCCACUCUAUGUUAAUUAUGGCAAAAAUAUUCUCCUCUUGGUACAAUGUUAUCGAUGAGAGGUGGCAUUGUUCAACCAGUUCUAUUAAAUAAGCCUAUUAUGGAUGCUCCAAUCAAAUCAUUUGCAGUCGGAGGCAGUUUUAUUAUAAUACAGAUGAAUGAUGGAGUAUGUUAUGGGAUGGGAGAAAACUACAAAGGCUAGUUGGGGAAUGGUGAAUUAAAGUAUUAAUUUUAGUUUAAAUAAUUGUAAUUGCCAACUAAAGAUAAGGUGAUUUAAGUAGCAUGUGGUUAUUAACACAGUUUGUUAUUGACUGAAGGAGGAGUUGUGUAUGGAUCUGGCAAAAAAAAUCAUUAUUAAUUUACUGAAACAAGAAGGAACGACUAAGAAUAGAUUUAUGUUGAAUUUACAUAGCAUAGAUAAUUGAUGGAUAUUGGCAAUCAAAAGAUCUAGAGGAUUAGUUCUGGUGCUCAUCACACUCUUUUGUAGGUUUCUGAUAAUAGAAUUUAUGCUUGUGGUUAAAAUAUGUAUGGAUAAUGUGGAAUGAAUAAUGAAAUAGAUAGAAUAAAAGAACCUACAGAAGUAUUUUUAGAUCUACAACCUGAUGAAUCAAUUUAAUAGAUUGUUUCAGGAUAAGCUCACAAUCUAGUAUUAACUAGCAACAAUAGACUAAUAUUUUUUGGUUGUCUAUUGCACAAUUAGAUGGGAGUGAAGUCUAAAUUUGAUUUUGAGUUUAGUGGCUAAACUGAAAUCAAUUUACCACUUGAUGCAGAUGAGAAGAUCGUUAAGAUAUAUGCUAAAUUUGAUAGAUCUGCGGUUUUAACAAGUAAAGGAGACUGCAUUAUUUGGGGGGGAGAAGACUUGAGAUACAUGGAUGUCCCAUAUUAUGAAACAUACACUAGGUUGAUUCCAGAAUUGGGAUUGGAAAAUAUUAAGAUUAAGGAUAUUGCUUUGGGUUUUAGUCAUAUUAUGGUUUUAACUGAUUGA